AUGCUCGCGCGCGCGCCCUCGUCGCUCCCUCGCGCGCGCGUUCGCGCGCGCGCGCGCGUCGUCGAUCCACCGACGCUCCCGUUCACCGCGAUUUGUGAUCACGCCGCGGUGAAAACGGCGCUGCUGCUCGGAUGCAUCGAUGACUCGCUCUCCAUCAUUUGCACUGGGCGAAGAGGCAGUGGGAAAUCAAUCUUGUGCAAAAGCGUUCGAGAUCUCAUGCGAAGCGACGCGCCGUUCGUUUCCAUCCCGUUGGGAGUGACUGAGGAUCGAGUGAUCGGGACGGUGGACGUCGAGCGGAGCGUGCGAAGCGGGGCGACGGUUUUACAACGCGGAUUACUCGCGAACGCGCACGGCGGCGCGCUGUACGUCGAUGAGAUUAAUUUGCUCGACGACGCGUUGUUGGCGAUGAUACAGUCAAAUAUCGCGGCUGGUAUCGUUCGUACCGAACGUGAAGGGCUCAGCGUGACGGCGCCGUGCCAGUGCUUGGCUCUCGCGAGCUUCAAUCCCGAGGAGGCUGAGUUGCGAGCGCACGUCGUCGAUCGGUUCGCGAUGAUAUGCUCUACGGACGAUUCAGCGAUGGAUAUGAAAACUCGAAUCGAGGCGUUGGACGUCGCGAUGCUUUGGCAAGACGAUUGGCGGUGUGUCGUGCGCGAGCACGAGCACGAGCAGAGCGAACUCCGGGCGCAUUUGGAGAUCAGUCGCGCUUUAUUACACGAGGUGACGCUUCCCGAGAAUCAGGUGUGUCGCAUGGUGAAGAUCGCAGUCGAAGCAGGCGUUCAAGGACACAGAGGCGAUAUUUUCGCGGCAAAAGUCGCGAGAGCGUCCGCCGCCCUCCGACAUUCGCUCAUCGUGAACGACGGGGACGUGAACGUCGCAGUGUCGCUCGUGAUUUUACCGAGAGCGACGAGGGAUCCACCCGAGGACGCGCUGACGCCGCCGCCGCCGCAGGGAGCUCGACAAGCCCCUGCGGAUCGAGGAGAAGACGAGGAGAAGGAUGAGGCCGAAGACGACACGGAUGAUGUAGACGUGGGAAACUCCGAGCUGGAGCCUCAAGUGCAGGAACCCGAUGAAAGCAAGCUCGACGUUUCGUCUCUCAUCGACAGUUUCGAGAGGGCCAUGCAUCGAAGUUUUGCCGAGAAGAAGACGCGAGGCACCGUGAGCGGACGGACGAAAGGUGAGAACGUUUUCAACAUCACGAGAGGACGCUACGUGAAACCGAUGUUCCCAAAAUCGGGUCAGAUACGUGGAAAGAUUGCGAUCGACGCGACGCUCCGAGCGGCGGCGCCGUACCAAAUCUUCCGCCGCGAGCGCCGAGCCGAGCACGACUCGCGACGAAUCUUCAUCACGAAGGACGACGUACGACUGAAAAAGCUUUCGCGAAAGAGCGCAUCAUUGACCGUGUUCGUCGUCGACGCGAGUGGUUCGAUGGCGAUGAAUAGGAUGGCGGUCGCUAAAGCGGCGGUUUUUAGGUUGUUGGCGCUGUCUUACACGAAGCGAGACCUCGUCGCGUUGGUCCAAAUGUCUGGUGACGCGGCCUUCGUCGCGCUUCCACCGACGCGCUCGACGAUCUUCGUCACGAGACGACUCGCCGUGAUGCCGUGCGGUGGCGGCACCCCACUCGCGCACGGUCUCACCGUCGCCGCGCGAGUCGCCGUGAACUCUCGCCGGCGCGGAAAAUCCACGGUGGGUUCGGUGCGUCAAGUCUUACUCACCGACGGCCGCCCCACGCGCUCUCUCACGUGGUCGCAAGGAAACUCAGCAUCGCGUCAACGCGAGCUCGGACCCGGGGCACCGACGCGUCAGAAUUUGCGCGACGAAUGCCUCGAAGUCGCCCGCGCCGUUCGCCGACUCGGCGUGAAAUCGCUCGUCGUCGACACCGACUCCGACUUCAUCGGCGACCGCUUCUGCGCCUCCCUCGCCGACGCCCUCGGCGGGACCUACCACGCCAUCCCCAAGCUCGACGCCGUCGCCCUCGAAUCUCUCAUCUGA